UAUUUACAAAUACCUUAGCGCAUGCGCGUUUGAGGAAAACAUCCAAAAUGGCGGUUUUGGCGACCUAACGAAAGUGGAAGGCGAAAAUAAGUCCCUAAAUCCCACGAUAUUGACCUAUAACUUGCUUAUUAGUACAAAGGAUACAAAUAAGACACCAUGCUGGACUUAGAGGUCGUUCCUGAGCGAUCUUUGGGCAAUGAACAGUGGGAGUUCGCCCUCGGUAUGCCAUUUGCACAAGCCGUGAACAUUUUGAAGAGACAAUGCGGAAGUAUCAAGGAUGUUCAAGUCUUGUACAGUGACACGAACCCCCUCGGCAUGGACCUGGUGUUAAACCUGACUCAGGAUGGGAUAAGGCUUAUCUUCGACCCCAUGGUGCAGAGACUUAAGAUUAUAGAGGUAUAUAACCUUAGCAAAGUCAAGUUGAAAUAUUGUGGAGUCCACUUCAACUCCCCCCAUGUACAGCCCACGAUAGAACAGAUAGACCAGUCUUUUGGAGCAACCCACCCCGGAGUGUACGAUGCUGCUCGUCAUGUCUUCAUGUUGAACUUCAGGGGCCUUUCCUUCUCCUUCCCCAUAGAGUCCAAGUUUGAGCCCCACUACACACAUGGACUUGGCUCUCUCCAGUUCCCGAACGGUGCCUCCCCAACUGUAUCUCAGAUGUGCAUCUACACAGGGAACUCACUGGCUGAUACAAAAGCCCCUCCCAUGCCGCUGUCUUGUUUCCAUGGCAACUGUUACCCGGAGACAGUGGAGGUGCUGAGAGACAACAAUGGUCCAACAGGGUUAAAGGUCCAGUUAGCUAUUGAAGGAGCGGGACCAGGCCAUGUAUCAGAAUUAAGAAGAAAAACUCUAGAAAGACUGAUAAUGUUUGGAGACUCUGCACAGGAAGUGACCAGUUAUCUUGGCUCUCCUAGCAAGGUCUUCUACAAGAGUGAAGAUAAGAUGAGAAUCCAUUCCCCGUCUCCACGGAAACUGGCUCCGUCCAAGUCUUCUGAUUACUUCUUUAAUUAUUUCACACUUGGGCUGGAUGUAUUGUUUGAUGCAAAUACUCAUCGAGUCAAGAAAUUUAUUCUACAAACCAACUUUCCAGGGCAUUACAACUUCAACAUAUAUUACCGCUGUGAUUUCAGGAUCCCAAUUAAGAAAGAUUUCAGCUCUGACCUACAGGACGACACCUUUACUAUCACACCUUACACAAAGUGGGACAGUGUGCAGGAUUUUCUAUACAAGCCGGUGGAGAAACCAGUUGUUCUGAACCGGGCGUCCACAACCAACACGACCAACCCGUUCGGCUCCACCUUCUGCUACGGCUGCCAACAUAUGAUCUUUGAAGUGAUGUCCAAUAACCACAUUGCAGCUGUCACCGUGUACCAGCCCAACAAGCCAGGGGUGUGUGACGAUCGAUGACCUCACCACGGACCAAACAACAGGAACAUCCCCAGACAUACAUGUACAUGUAUCUAUAUCUAUGGAAUUAACCAUCUUCCUGCUUAGGCAGCCUUUUAGCACCAAAUUGGAAUUGGUUAUAUGAUUAGUCAGCAGGAGAAGGUUAACACUUAGUAUAAUCUUGCUGAACUGGACAGAAAGGCAGAGAGUCCAAAUUUUCCCCAAACAAGCGCAUGUAAACAGAUUUAAAUAUAAGAAAUGACAGUUGUAGUGCCAUUGCAAACUUUAUCUCUCUUCAAAUAAUAAGCCUUUUUCUUACACAUUAGAAUUGGAUGUACAGUACUUGUAUUAUGACCCAGUAUGUGGUUAUGUGUGUCAGUUGAAGAAAUUUUUAAAAGCAUUAAGACUUUAUGCCUGAACUUAGUAGUGUUACAAAGAAAUGUUGCAUGCACAUGUGGAUGAAGUGUACAAAAGAAAUUAUGUUGAUCUGUCAAAUGUAUGUAUAACAUGUUACAUGUAGCUAUGAAAUCUUCUGAUAUACAACUUCUGAUAUAAAGUGUGAGUUGUCCUUUCCCCAUCACUAUACUGUGUCUGGUGAAUGGAGUAGUGACAUGUGGUCUAGAUAUAUGUUAGAAUAUGUAGGAUUGAUCCUGAAACUUCUUAUUGUGGUAUUGAAAUUAAAGGAAGGGGAGAGUUAGUGACCAUCCUUAUCAUUACUGUAGUGCGGUUAAUUGAUUGAUGUUCGAAAGAUAUGCUAAGUUAUGCAGUUACACAGUCAUUUUGAGAAUUACACCCAUUCUUUUACCUGAUGUCUGACAAUGAUUUGAACUGUGGCAUUUUCUAGGUCUGAAGUUGUCAACUCUACAACACUUGGUGGAAUGAAUGGCAAUUCAACUGAAAGUUGUUAGUUUUUUCUCACAGUACUGGGAAAAGCUUUGUAUAAUUUGUCUUAGAUGGACUUGAAGAAGAUGAAUUGUCUAAACUGUAUACUGAUGACAGAGACCAAUAUUCUAUGAUGAAGGAUUUAUUGCUCAGUUGUUGGAGAUCUUACUCGGAUUGCUGAAUUUGAAUUUUAUAUCAAUGCAAAUCUCAACUAGCCUGAAUACCACCCUAGUUAGUUUCCAUGGCUCCUAUAUAAUCUGGAAAGUAUAGGAGCUGCAGAAAACUAACUAGGGUGGCACUCAGGAUAAAACUCAACCGCAAGUUAACAUGAAAUAUGUUGUCAUUGAUGAACUUUGUGUGAAAUUAUCUAGGAAUUGUCCAUUGCUACUCCUGAUACAUGUACCCUUGGAGCAGGGUCUCCCAGUUACCAACAGUUACCAACCAGAAGCUCAAUUGUGAGGCUGGUACCAGUUGAGCUACAGGGACAUCCCAGCGGUUACAUGUUACUCUUGACUUAUGAUUGCUUUCUAUGAUGAAGCUACAUGGGAGAUGCAAUGUACAUACCAAUAACGCAUGUACAUGAAUAAUUCUGUAACUGUUACAAUAGAUGUGAUAGAAGAGGAAAUAUAUUGUUCUGGGGCAAUGGACGACCUUUUUGUUAGUCUGGUACAUGUUGGUAUCCAAGAAAGACUCACUGUGUGCAGUUUGUCAUGUGAUUUCAAAACACUAUCAAAAACAAACAUUUUUUGAUGUGUUAAUGCUUGUGUUCAUACCUGAAAAAAACCAAUGUACAUGGAUAAAUAGUUUCUGUUGACUGAGGAGGAAGGACUUGAGCCAUUAAUAAAGUGAUUUUAUGUCGAAAGAAGUUAAAUAUGCCAUACCAUGAUUAUCUGUUGUGUGUUGUGGGUGAGGGCGGAGGUUGAUUGCUGGUCAAUCUUCUACAUUUGCUGCUACUACAUGUUACCUGUCAAUCAGGAACCUUUAGAACUAUGUACACCUUAUUACAUUCAUCUGUGAGCCCAUACGAUGUACAAUGUAUGUUGUGUUAUACAUGUAAGACUGGUCUAGUAACUAUAUCCAAAGUACUUGCAAUGGAAAAUGGUGAACAAUAGUUGGGAUAAAAGGGUUAAAAAUAUACUAUACCAGUCAUAUACAAAUGCAUCUUAUGCAAGAUUAACAGUUACAGUUACAGCAACUAGAUAGAGAUAUAUUGAUGUGUUGCUUGAGUAACUGUUGUCUUGUGUACCUGGAUGUCUAACCUUCAUUGACUUGUUGUGUAUCUGCUUGUAGUAUGGUGGGCAGGUUGACUUUUCCAGUGUCAUUCAGGUACUUUGUCAUAUUCCAAAGCGAGUUGUAGUUUUUGUUGUGGAAAGAAAGUUGUAACAAUCUUGUUCUCCAUUGUGUUAGGUGGAAGUGGAAGGGUUUUUUUUAUAGCUGACUACCAGCAAAUUAUACCAGACAGAAUAAAUUCUUGAGAUAUCAUUUGGUUAUACCUUUGGUGUGGAUGGUACAUAGGCUGGUGUCAAUACAUGGAAUGAACAUGAAGAUUGUUACUGGUAAUUUCGUAGGUGUAUAUGAGUGCUGUGUUCUUUGUAGUAGUUUGUAUGUGAUACCUUGUGCUGUAUGUUCGAAGUAGGAUCAGCAUGAAGACUAAAUAAUAUGGUAUACGGACACUAUUCUUGAGAAACAUGAAUGUGUUUUAGUUCGCUUUGAAGUCAUUGUCAUUGGACCAAGUGAUUAGACAAAUUUUUAUCUCAACUGUCACGAAUAGCAGAUUUUAAUGUAGCUUGUAAGUUGUUUAUUGGUACUUACUUCAGAGUGAAUGGAUACUUAAUACUUAUAGCAUGCAAGUCUAUUGUUAUGACUGAUUGUUGGAAGUUUUGUUUAAAAGUUAGGGAAAGUCACCCUGAAUUGAUUAAUUUGUAAGUUAGACUAGUAUUCAUUGUUUUAUGUUGAUGUCUCAGAAUGGACAGUAGAGUAAGAGAUUUCAAGAUAUGUUAUGUUUUCUUGGAGGGAAGUUACUUGCCAGGAAUAUGAACCUCCUAAUAUGCCAAAGGCAGAUUUUGAUUUUUCCUUUUCGAAGAAUAAAAAUGAUUUCAUUCCUUCAA